AUGCGAGCCUACUUUGUCCUACUGGUUGCUGCAACUGCGAUCCUGACCUAUGGAGGAGCGACGGCCACGUACUCGACUUCAAAGGGGGAGAUGAAUUUAACCGGAACUGUCGAAAAUAACCGCCCGACUCGCUCUCUUCGUGUUGCACCCAGUGGCGGCAAUGGUGAAGAAAGAUCGUGGUCAACCAUUUACGGAAUUUCUCGAUCGAAGGCGGAGACUGUGAGAGAUUGGUUGAUGCCCCGGCUUAACCAAGGAAUGGACGUACAGGCGCUCGCCAGAGAAAUGGGGAUUACUUCGAGACAGGCGGCUACGCAGCAUCAGAACUGGGACGCUCUCGUGAAGUACCUGAAGAUGUAUAAUUACGCUGUAAGGGGCGAAAAGAUGUCGAAAUCGAUGGCUGAGAGCGUACUCCUCCAUAACGUCCUGACCGCAAAGAACAAUUUCUAA